CAUCAUCGCCUCAAAUCCAAAUGCAGAGAGAGACAGAAAAGCUGGAUCUCGCAAGCCACAGCGAAGCGAGAGCCUGAACAAGGAAGGACAAGAAGCUUCACCAUCAAAUCCCCAAGAAGAAAUCUGGAUAUCGAAUAAAGAGAGAUGGGGUUUCUGGUAACGACACUGAUUUUCGUAGUGGUCGGAAUAAUCGCUUCGCUUUGUACCAGAAUCUGCUGCAACAGAGGACCCUCCACUAAUUUGCUCCACCUAACAUUGGUUUUGACAGCAACAGUCUGCUGCUGGAUGAUGUGGGCAAUUGUGUAUUUAGCACAGAUGAAACCUCUCAUAGUUCCAAUUUUAAGUGAAGGGGAGUGAAGUUAUCCCAAAUGAGCACGCUGUACCUUUUUGGUAAACAAGCAUUGGUUGCUAGAGAGAUUAUGAUUUUAUGCUUCAAUAAUUGUCAUGUAUCUUCUCGUUUUGGCUUUGUAUAAUUUUAUCAGUGUGGACUUUGAUUUUUUCUUUUUCCUUUUAUAUAUUUGUCGUGCAUCUCUUUAGCUGCUUCGCAAUCUGAUUUAAUUUAAAACACUUUAGCAGCCUGUCUUUCAGACCUUGCCUACAAAGAUGUAAUUUGAGUGAAAUAAUUGCUGCAAAAGAAUAUAAUUGAUGAAGAUAUUUCACCUUUGUACC